UAGUGGGCGGUUGGAGGACAGGAGUGGGAGUGGUUUGAAGCGGUCCACAUCCGCGUGAUGCUCCGCCCCACGUAAUACCUGUGGGCCGGCGGCGCUCAUGGUCCACACACGCGUGUCGGGGGCCUUAAAUUGAGCCCUUAUGAUCACGGUAGGCUAGCACUGUGUUGGCCCGAGCGCUGAGGUCUGUGGCGGCAAGAGCUACGACACAGAAGACAGUGUGGUGCCCUGACUGACGACCAUUCAGGUCCGCGACGCCACGCUGUCACUAUACCCUCUCCGUCAGGCUCCUCCCGCGGUCAUCACGCCACUUUACUGCCCGAUAGUGAAGGUGUCAGUGAAGCUUUAGCGGUGUGUGCGCUUGCGGUCGCGGUGAACAGAAACUAGCGAUUAUAUUUAGCGUUUCUCCCGUAUUGUGUGCGAUUUUUGACUAAUACGUGGCUCGGUAAUUAGCAAUGUGAAUGAUAAUUAUUCUGCCGUGCUGAUGAGACUGUGUUGCCUCGUGUUAAUUACACUUAAGAGUAAGACAAGGUACUCGCCGCCAGCACAAAUCAGGGGAGAGUAGCGAGCCUCCGUCGGCACCCGCACUCGCGUCCCGCCAAGUGCCACCGCUCGCAGGACGGCCCUGGUGCACUUCAGCCUAUGGAGAACUGGAAGGAUGGCCUCAACGUGUCUGCUAAGUCUGCAGGUGCUAAGAAAAAGAAGUCAAAGAACCGAAAGGAAUCGUGGAGCAGUGUUGAAGAGCCGGAUGAUCAGGACCCGAAUCAGCUCAUGCAUUCUCCUCCUACCAUGCCGGUGCUGUAUGUGUGCAAAGGGAUGAGUAGCAGUGUGGGGGAGGCGAUGGCCGCAGCCAGGGACCGGGCCACAAGAUACUCCAGCGUCCAGCAGGAUACGACCCUUGGCUUCCCUUACCAGGUCCCCCGGCCAGACGGGGAGGAGAGACAUCACACCAGAAAACAUAUCACUGGCUCAGAACAGGAGGCAGAGAUAAUGAGGGAGUACAUAAAGCCACCAGCCAACAAGACCCUGUUUGAUGUAGAUUGUGAUGGUCCCCAUCGAUCAUGCUCGGUUGGAGUAUUUCCUACACAAACGGAGUGUGGGGUGGCACAUGCUGGCAUACAUCACCAUCGACAUUCUGCUCCCCUUGAUGCUAGAUCCUCGCAUCACCCACCAGUGUCUGCGUCAUCGUCAUCGUCAUCUUCGUCGUCAUCCUCGCUGCCAGGGUGGGGAUGUGGGGAUGAGGGUCGGGGAUCACCUAGAAGGGGGCGAAAAGCUGGAGGUAUGGUUCAGAGAUCACCAUUAAUGGCUAAUUUGUCGCCAUUUUCAUCCAAAUGUGAGCGGUCGUCUCACACCUCCCAACAAGAGGAAUGUCGAAGAGGUCGGCACCAAGGAGGGUUGGGGACCAGCUCCCCGUCCCCUUCACAUGACCCUAGCAUCCCCUUGCCCUACUGCCCAUCAACUAGCACCCUGGCAGACAUUACCAUGGUACCAGUGCCGUGUGGACCCUCAAUUCAUAGUCCAAGCUCCAGUCAUCCUGGAGACCCAGGUGGCUCCCAUGGAGCUCACAUGGGUAGCUUAGGCAUACAGGGGGACCUUCUACACACCUAUGGACAAUCCUCACAGUCGCCCUGUAGUCUAACUGCAAACCAUGACCUUCCGCCCUUAUAUAGUGACGUGAUAGAAAAUUCCAGCUUAUUUACAAGUGCUAGUAGACCCUCGGAACAAAGGACAAAGAGUGGGGAAAUAUGACCACCAAGUCUUUUACUUAGUCUUUCAAACAUACUUUACAAUAUCACUUAAGAUGUACUUGUUGUAAUGAAAUUUGUUAUAUCCCUUGGGAUGUGAUAGUGUGAUACGUGAUACAGCGCUGAAGCCAGCAGGUGUCUUGGUGCUCAGUGGUGGCGAGCUAGUGUUCAGGCUCGCUCCUGUGCAUAACCAACUGCCAGCGUGCAUGUACACUCGGGCAGACAGGUGCAGUCCUGCCUUGUGCAUAAGUGUGUGCAUGCAAGGAGGGCAGGUAAGAUGUGGUAAUGGGCUCGCCUGUGGCGAGACCACUGCACAUGGGAACCAGAGCAGUUGGGACCAGCUGCUGUUCUGAUGGAUGAAGGAAUCACCAGUGCCUGGGGUCCAAAGGACCAGUGCUAUGGGUGUCUGGCAGCAGUGCAGCUCUGCCACACUGCUGUGCACUGCUUACAGUCACCAGUUAUGGCUCAGUGUAUUGUAAGAGUGCUGCAGCAUUUCCAGGGCCAAGUCCCAUAUGUGAUAGGCCUUCUCUCUUUAUCUCACUGAACAGGUGAUGAAGUGUGGUGCGUGGCAAUGGCUGUGGGAGUGUGGCUGGGCAACCUGUAGAUGGCAUGACAGGCAGACCAGGGACUCGGGGAACACUGCAAAAGCCUAGCUUGUUAUUACUAGUUUUAAUUGCAAGCAUAAAAAUUGCUUUUAUUGUAUUGAUGUGAAAUAUUGUUAAAAUUUAAGGUAAAGUUCCCUGGGACUAGGUUGGGUUAGACAGGUAGGUCUUGUAGGUGUGGGAAAAUGCUGGCAAGUGGGAGGAGGGGAGAUGGGGGGGGCAAGUGUUUUAAUUUUUGCUUUUUAUUUUUAUUUUGUUUAGCUUGUUCCCUCUCCCGUAUGUUGUAUAGUAGUCUAGCACAAGAGGUGGAUGGUCAUGCCGUAUUAUAUACCUUAUACCUUGCCUCCAUAAAUGAUUGCGUGUGUGCAUAUGAACAUGCAUGUACACACAUUAUGUACACCUCAACAGGCUUGAUUGAUUAGUGGGCAACUUGUACUGUUAUUCCACUGCUGUGUGCGCGUGUGUUUGUGUGCAGGUGUGUGCGUGAUAUAUAUAUAUAUAUAUAUA